CAAAGGUUGCAUGUGCUUCCACCAUUCUUAUAAGGAGAGCUAUGGUCGAUUAUUCACCAAGAAAAUAUCGGUUCUAUACCUUUUUUUCUUCAAAUGCCACAAGUGUUUAGACAGUUCUGUGAAGUUUAACUUGUUUUCUUAUUUAAAUGUGUGUAUAUGUUGGUUGUAACAGGACUUGAAUGUAUUCUGCUUGAAGCCUAUGUAGUUUGCAUCUUCUUCGUUGUUAAUUGUGGACACAUUGCAUAGAUUAAUUACAUGCUUAUCCUGACAUUUCCCGUCUAGAGGGCACACAUCUCUUCGUCUGCAGUUGCUUAAUAAAUAAGAAAUUUUUUUUGUGAUCUGAGUGACCCAUUUGUUUUUGACUUUUUCAAGGAAAUAGUGAUCAAUUUAAAAUCUGCAUACAUAGAGUAUCCAUAUAAGGACUUGAAAUCAGUAGAUUCAGUGCUGUUAGAUUCGGAAUAUUGAUUGAUUUAACCAAAAGUGAAAGUUGCUUGUACAUAAUUAUAAAUCUAUUUAUGUUAUUUUGGUAAAUUGUUUCUUUUAAAGUGGUUCUCACACAUAUUGCACAUAUAUAAGUAUUUUCAAUAGAACAAAUAAUACUUCUGUCUUUUACAUUAUAUAACUUCCAUCACCUCAUGGUUUAUCAGAUCAUAAAAAGUGUUUGUAUUGUUUGCAUUGCUUUUGUGUAAUUCAGCAAUGUUUUUUUCUUUUUUUAAUAAGGAAUUAUUAAACAUGGCAUUGAGACACGUUUCCAAGAAAUUUUUGUCAUAUUCAAACAGAUGCAUGUGUAUAUUGCCUAAAGGAAUCAAAUUGGCUUUCAACAUCAGGUACAUUAAUUUCUACAAAAUAACCGAGACCAGUAGCAAACUUUUCAAGACAAAAAUACCAAAUGUUUUACAGAACUUUACACGUACUAUGUUUAUCCGCGUUCAAGACACACCAAAUCCGAACAGCCUAAAGUUUAUUCCUGGUUGUGAUGUAUUGGAGAGUGGCACAGUAGAUAUCCCAUCAGCAUCACAAGCUUAUCGUUCUCCGCUUGCUCGACAGCUAUUCAGGAUACAUGGGGUUAAAGGGGUGUUUUAUGGACAGACAUUUAUAACCAUUACAAAAUCAGAUGAUGAUGAGGUAUCAUGGGCCUUACUCAAACCAGACAUUUUUGCUACCAUUAUGGAUUUUUUCAGCAGCAAUUUGCCUAUACUCAGCGACGAUCAACCAGCUGAUGACACUGCUCCUUGUGAUGAUGAUGACGAAAUCGUGCUCUUGAUUAAAGAGUUGUUGGACUCUCGUAUCAGACCUACUGUUCAAGAAGAUGGGGGAGAUAUCCUGUUCAAGGGUUUUGACCCUGUAACUGGCAUUGUAAAGUUAAAGUUACAAGGCUCCUGUACGAAUUGCCCUAGUUCAUCAAUUACGUUAAAACAUGGUGUUCAGAAUAUGAUGCAGUUUUAUAUUCCAGAGGUUAGUGGAAUUGAAGAGGUAAGGGAUGAGCUGGACGAUAUCAGUGAUCAGGAAUUUCAAAAACUUGAAGAAAAACUGAAUGAGAAAGAUUAAAAGAUGUUUGAAGGGAGAUUGUUUUUUGAAUAGUAUUGUAGAAAUGUUUAGGUAGAUAAAUUUGUCUGAUGAUUUAUAUUGUAUAAAAACAACUUUUAGUUCUAAUGGUCUAUAAUUUUACUUUUGCAGUGUGUAGUAAUAUAUCUUAGCCACCUUAUAAUUCCCUGCGUAAAACCUAAAAGUUUAGUUACAUACGUUACAUAAAUCUCAACUUUAUGUAUAAGCCAUACUUGCAUGAUAUUAGAAUAUUAUUUUUUUGAUUAUGUGGCAUAUUCUUACUGUUCUUUGCAAAGUGAAACAAAAUGGCUUUUUAUCUAUGAGUUGUUUAUUGUCAGUACUAUAUACUUUAUAUUUAUUUUGAUUUUACAUUUUUCUUGUUGUGUAUUUAAGCUGAAGUACUUAUUGAAUUAUCAAUCUUGGUAUUUAUAACAAACAUGGUGGCAAUAAAUUAUCAAGGCUUUAUAA